GAUCGCGGAAAGAAAAAGGCGGAAUGUAUCGCAAUAAUGGAGCUGCGGCACGUCACGACGACGAUCCGGAGCGUCAGUUGUUGGCCGCGGGUUCGCUGGAGCACUCGGUGCACUCCUCGUUACCGUCUCAGCGCCUGAAGUCGGCCGGGGAUCGUGUUUCGUGCGACAGCGGCAUCUCGCUGGAGGAACCGCCGCUGGUGGCUAGCCCGGGAGUGGUACGUCGCCGCACAGCGAAAUUAGGCCCCACAGCUGGUGCUGGUUCUGCUGGUAGUGUUAGUGGCCGAUCGUCAUACGUCCGCCGGUUGACGCAGCUUUUCGAGAACCUUUCACACGAUGAACCACCGCUGAAACAACAGCCACACGGCCACGUUGCUGGGACGUCUUAUCAUAAUCAACACCACUCCCACCACCCAUCAUCGUCGUCGUCGUCAUUGCUAGUACACCCCGUUAGUGCCAUGUCGACGGUGGCGGCGGCGACGGCGGUCCACGAGACGCCAGUAUUUCGCUCGGCAAACGGUGCACUGUACCAAGUGGCGGAAGAAUCGCCACCGGAAGUGAGCGAAGGGCCACUACAACGGGCCGUUCCGUGCCAGGUGCUGAUGGAGCAGUCGGGCACCACCACCUCGGAAGCGAUGGUGGAAAGGGUGAUCGAGGCCUCGGAAGUCCCAGACAGCAGCAGAAGACCGCCAGCAGAGGCUGGCGGGAAGAAACGACUAAGCCGUCGGCGAACCCAACUCCCGAAGGCGGCGAUCGCCAUCGAGGUGCACGAUAAGAUAAGUGAAGGCUUCGAUGAUUACGACUACGACGACGAUGAGUUCGAUACGAGUGACGACGAGGAGGAUGACGACCCUGCGGCCCAAGGUCGCCGACCAAGCGGCGGCGGCGGCGGCGAUGACGAUGAUGAGUUUGGUGAAGAAUCAUCCAUUCCGCUGGAUGAUCGGCCGGUGGUUUCGGAGGCACACAACGCGCUGGUACCGGAGCAUCCCAAAGCAUCGCCACCGGGAGCUGUUCACGGAAGACCGUACUACGACGAGGAGGACGACUUCAGUAGCAGCUCGUUCGACUCGGACUCCGACGAGGCCCUCACAUCGUACGUGGCACGUCCCGAUUCGAAUAGUUCACUCAAAACAAGCCGCGUUACCAACAUUCUGCAGGAGCUGCUCGAUAACGAAGCGAAUUACGUGCACACGCUGGGCCGUGGGAUCGCGAACUACGUCAGCAUCAUGACGGCGAAGGAACUACCUCCUGGGCUGCGUGGUCAGCGGUACCACAUCUUCGGUAACAUUGAAAAGAUCCACAGCCUGCACCAGAACCAGUUCCUGCCGAUGCUUCAGAGUAAUCGGGCCAGCAUACAGGGUAUCGCCGAAACGUUUAUCCGGUUCCUGGAGCGUGACAAGUUCUACUGCUACAUCAUGUUCGCGCUCAAUCGGCCCAAAUCGGAGCGGAUAUGCAAUCGCAAUCUGGACUUCUUUCAGCGCCGUCAAACGGAUGUGGACGAUAAGCUGGGCCUGAACAGCUUUCUGCUGCAGCCGAUCCAACGGUUACCGCGCUACAAGCUGCUGCUGGCCGAGAUCAACAAGGAAAUUCUGAAGCAAAUGGAAGACACACUCCUGGAGUCGGUCAAGGACGAGAUCGGCAUCUUGUGCAAGGCCGAGAAGCGGUUGGAGCGGUUCAUCGAUGUCGUCAACGAGGCGAUGAGCAUCAACGACAUCCAGGAGUGCUACGAGGAACGCAAGUGUGUGCAGACGGAACUGAUGUGCUCGCCGUACGCCCUGACACUCAAUAUCUUCAACCAUGCGGCCGACGCUCCGAUGGUGCUGAUCCUUCGGCCCUACACCGACCGUAACCCGGAAAAGCGAAACCCAGUUAACCUGUUCCAUCAGGGCAAGUUCCGGAAGAUGUUCGAAGUCGACGUGUACGACUGGGACCACCGGAGGCGCUACCCGGCCAAGAUGUUUCUGUUCGAGCGGAGCCUGAUCUACACCGAGAAGUGCAAGGCGCACCUGGAGUACCGCGGUCGGUACGAUGAGUCGGAGAUCGGGCUGUACAACGAGAACCGCACCAAGGUGUACCUGUUCUCGAGGAAGCGCGGCAUCCAGGAGAUUGAGGUGACGUGCGGGGACAUGAACGAGGCGCAACGGCUCGCCAGUCUCGUCGAGCGGAUGAUGACACAGUUUGCGCAGUACGAGCGGGAACGCAUCAACUCCCUGACCGCCCGCCGGGAUCUGCACGUGCGGGUCCCGAGUGUCAUCACGCUAAAGAACCACCGGCACAGCGAGCUGUCGACGACCAGCACCAUCAACAGUGCCCGCGAAAGCUAUGAGUCGACAUCACAAACGACUUGGAGCACCGACAAACCGAUCGCCCAGCUGGCCAACAUGCAGAAGCACUUCUGCCAGAUACUAACCGCCAAUCGGCGCUACUACUUCCACGAGCUACCGGACGAGCUGUCGGGCAGGAUAACGGAGUUUAUCCGCGUGUACGAUCGGUUGCUGAACGUGCACAUCAAACGGCUGUAUGCGGAUCUUUCGAAGCCCCACCUUGGGGUCGAUGAAGUGUGCGAGCUGUUCAUUGGGUACUUCAAGGACGGUGCUUUCGAUGACUACAACGAGUACAUGCGACUGUUCAAGCCGGCAGCGGAAGUGCUGAAAAAUAUACACAAAGCAAGGCGCUCCAGCAUAACCGACAGCAUGGUGGCCCCGACGAUGGAUGAGUUUACCUUUCUGUGCGUGCAACACUGGAACAAAGUGCAGCACUUCUUCCAGGCGCUCGUGGUCCAGCUAGCCGAGCAGAUGAACGGGGGCAACAUGACGCACCAGGACCUAUUCCGGAAGCUGGCGUACGUCGAGGUGCAGGUGGCGUCCUUCCGGCAGCUGCUCUUCCAAAACUACCGCCUGUUCAAUCUGGACGAAAAACUGUCGCCCGACAAGCUCGGCCUGGUCGUGUACUCCGACCGGGUCCGGUACGACAACGAAACGAUCGGCUCCCACCGGGUGCUGCUCUGCGGUCGGUCCGUCGUUUGUGUAAAGUUCCACUUUGUCAGGGAAUUUGGUCGCCAGACGGAAAAGUACACCGGCUUCGCGUUCAUCGAUCGAUUCGGGCGUAACGGAGCCGAUCCGAACGUGAGGUUAAGCAAAAAGUCCGAGGUGCGUCUGAACGUGCAGCUCGUCGGCACGAAGCACGCCAUCGAUUUCGGGAACACGGCCAAUCGGGACAAGUUCUACGGUCAGUACUGUGCCACUUUCGCCCGACAUCAAGAACGCGGCCUGUAGAGGUCUGUAUUUUAGCGCUUUUCAUUUACCCGUCACACGGA